UGCCAGCCCACUGGGCUCCACGCGUCCCUAUCGCCUAUCGCCCCGACCCCGCGGCCCCACCCCCACCCUGCUUCUUCCACACCAUUUCAAAUCCCACCACCACCCACGCUGCCCCCAAACGGUCACCCGUUCUACGCUUGGCUUGGCUGCGCUGCGCUGCGCACACCGAACCCCUCGCCGUCGCGGCUCGCCUCGGCUCCGCCCCGACCGACCGAUCGAUCCGGCCGGCGGUGGGCGCCAUGGCCUCCCCCAACCCCGAGGCCGCGGGGCUGCAGGCCGUGGCUGUGGCGGGGGCAGGGGAGGGCGGCUCGUCCUCGUCGCUCAGCGCCGUUGCGGGAGCGGCUGCGUUGUCCGGGGAGCUGGUGCCCAGGAGGGCGUUGGCGCUGCGCAAGGAGCGCGUGUGCACGGCCAAGGAGCGCAUCAGCCGCAUGCCUCCCUGUGCGGCGGGGAAGCGGAGCUCCAUCUACCGCGGGGUCACCCGGCAUAGGUGGACAGGUCGAUAUGAGGCUCACCUUUGGGACAAAAGCACGUGGAAUCAGAAUCAGAACAAAAAGGGCAAACAGGUAUAUCUAGGUGCAUAUGAUGAUGAAGAGGCUGCAGCAAGGGCCUAUGACCUUGCUGCAUUAAAAUACUGGGGAGCUGGAACACAAAUAAAUUUCCCAGUAUCUGACUAUGCAAGAGACCUUGAAGAGAUGCAGAUGAUAUCCAAGGAGGAUUAUCUCGUGUCUCUUAGGAGAAAGAGCAGUGCCUUCUACAGGGGGUUACCAAAAUAUCGUGGGCUUCUUAGGCAACUUCAUAAUUCCAGAUGGGAUACAUCUUUGGGACUCGGCAAUGACUACAUGAGCCUUAGUUGUGGCAAGGAUAUCAUGUUGGAUGGGAAAUUUGCAGGAAGCUUUGGUCUAGAGAGGAAAAUUGAUCUUACAAAUUACAUCCGGUGGUGGCUACCAAAGAAGACAAGGCAGUCAGAUACAUCUAAAACAGAAGAAAUUGCUGAUGAAAUUCGAGCUAUUGAAAGUUCAAUGCAACAGACUGAACCCUAUAAGUUGCCUUCUCUUGGCUUCAGUUCUCCAUCAAAGCCCUCUUCAAUGGGCUUAUCAGCAUGCAGCAUAUUAUCUCAGUCUGAUGCCUUUAAAAGCUUCUUGGAGAAGUCUACAAAAUUAUCUGAAGAAUGUAGUCUUAGCAAAGAAAUUGUUGAAGGAAAGACUGUUGCCUCGGUACCUGCUACUGGAUAUGAUACAGGGGCAAUUAAUAUUAACAUGAAUGAGUUGCUAGUACAAAGAUCUACUUACUCAAUGGCCCCUGUUAUGCCUACACCAAUGAAGAGUACCUGGAGCCCUGCUGAUCCUUCCGUGGAUCCACUUUUUUGGAGCAACUUUGUUUUGCCAUCGAGUCAACCUGUUACAAUGGCGACAAUAACAACAACAACGUUUGCAAAGAAUGAGGUAAGUUCAAGUGAUCCAUUCCAGAGCCAAGAGUGACUGCACGAGCUUACUGAAGCAGGAUAUUUUAGAUUGUUUGCUAUUUACAGUUAAUAAAGCUUUGGACAUUUCAAUCGAUGAACAACAGGUCAAAGACAGCAUCCCGUGCGUCAACUAGAUUCUUUUUGUCAAGCUUUUGAUGUCGCAACUUUGUGAGCAAUACUCCUUGUUUAUCCAUACUUCAUAGGACAUGAAUAGAAGGUAUGACAAGUGCAAGCAUAGUUAUGUAAUAUACAGUGGCUAGUUGCCAGAAAAUGAGAUUUAGUUGUGUAGAGCUGUUUGUACAUAUUGAGAUGGUUGUUUCAGUUCAAUCUCAACAGGUUUGAGGAAAAUAUCCAACGAAAUGAUACAGUUUUAAUGCUAAAUUAGUUAUUUUGUACA